GCAGCCCCGCCGCGGGCAGCCCCCCGCCGCCGCCCCCCGCAUGGAGGAGCUCGAUCACCUCGUCCUGCUGGGGCUCAUGACCGUCCUCUUCACCGUCUGCUCGCUGCCGCUCAUCAUCCGGGCGUACAUGGGGGCUUUCGCUGCCGAUUUCAACGAGAACGCCGACCUGAGCGCGCUGCGCUUCCUCUCCGUCAACUCCAUCGUGGAUCCCUGGGUGUUCAUCAUCUUCCGCACCUCGGUGUUCCGCGCCUUCGUGCGCAGGGUGUGCCGGAGGCUGACGUCCCGCAGAGCCUCUCUGAAGGGCUCCAGCCCGGCUGGAGAGGGGCAGUUCUGCCCCCCGGGCUGGCGCAGGACGGAUCCCCCCGGGCUCGGCAUCCCCUGAGCGCGGCGCUGCCGCGGAAUCCGCGAGGAUGAGGAGCGAGCCUUCGGCCCCGCAUCCCUGCCCUGGAGCAUCCCGAGGUGGCCCGGGGUGGUGGCAGGCAGGGACAGCGUCCGGGACGCUGUGAAGGGGUUUUGUGCCAUCCCCAGGCUGCGUUUUGUCCCGGAGAGGAGCCGGAGCAGGGUUCCCCCGGAUCGGGGAAUUUUCCGACCCGGGGAGGGUUUGGGGAGCUCCCGGCUCCAGGAAGGCAGGAGGGGUUUGGAGAGAGGCUCAGGGCACAGGGACACACAGGGAGGAGAAGUGUGGGUGUGUCCCCAUGGAAUAAAAGUGGUUCAGAGCUUCA